AUGGGAUCAGUAAGCAAGGAGAUACUGCACGACGUUACUCCAUACAUAAGAGUCUACAAAGAUGGAACCAUAGAAAGACUCGUCGGCUUAGACGUUGUUCCUGCAUCUUUCGAUAUCGACACCGGUGUCACCUCCAAGGACGUCGUAAUCUCUCCAGAAACCGGUGUCUCCGCCAGGCUCUACCGUCCAACUCUCACCACCGCCUCAGAAAAAUUCCCUCUCAUCAUCUACUUCCACGGCGGAGCAUUCUGCAUCGCAUCGCCCUUCUAUCCCAAGUACCACCGGUCACUUACCAACCUCGUUUCAGAAGCACGUGUCAUCGCCGUCUCCGUCGAUUACCGGCUCGCACCAGAGCACCCACUUCCGGCAGCCUUCGAUGACUCACACGCCGCUCUCCGGUGGGUCUCCUCACAUGCUCCCGGUGGAACCGGGACGGAAGAAUGGAUAAAAGAAAACGUUGACUUCAACCGUGUCUUCCUUGCCGGCGACAGCGCCGGAGCAACCAUAGCUCACGACAUCGCCAUGCGAAUAGGAUCAAACCCAGACCCGACAAUUCUGAAGCUUUCGGGUAUUGUUUUAAUAAACCCGUAUUUCUGGGGAAAAGAGCCAAUCGGGUCAGAGAAAGCGGAUCCUGUGAGGAAAGCUAUGGUGGACAAAUGGUGGGAGUUCGUAUGCCCAUCGGAUUCCCAUCUCGGAUUAGACGACCCGUUAAUCAACCCGCUGAGGGACGGAGCUCCGGAUAUGUCGGGUCUGGGUUGCGGGCGGGUGAUUGUAACCGUUUCUGAAAAGGAUAUAUUAAGAGACAGAGGGUGGGCGUAUUAUGAAACUCUGGUGAAGAGCAAAUGGGAAGGCAAAGUAGAGAUGAUAGAGAUCGAAGGUGAAGAUCAUGUAUUCCAUAUUUUUGACCCUAAUGGGGAAAAAGCCCUAAAUAUGAUGAAAAGGUUGGGUAGUUUUAUAAACCAACAAUAA